AUGGAACAGAAUGUGAAACUAAAAGCAAAAGAUGAUGAAAUAAAGAACCUAACGACUGUUGUCCAAAGGUAUGUUGCUCCCUCUUCUAUCAAUCUAGAUUGACGAACGAGAACCGGGGUCUGAAGAGCCGGCUUUAUCUUAUGGACCGUGAAGACAUUAUUAGUUAUUUAGGAAAUUAACUAUAGUUGUAUUUAGUCCCUCUCUGGUAUUGUAUUUUUUGAA